CAAAAAGACACUGAGAAUUUACUGAAAUCUCUCCUAAAUUCUUUCGAAGAAAAUUUCACUGAAUUCGAGCGGUCACGGUUACGAGGAGGAGAGGCGUCCAAGUAAAGCACGUAUCAACCCCAUCCUCUUCCCCUGCGAGAGAAGAGCUAGAAAUUUACUGGGUCAUUUCAGUGGAAGAGGAAGAAUCAUGCUGUCCUCUUUAUCUAUGGCCUCACCCUCGCCCGCUUCCUCUGUCUCAAACACGUUCACUUGCGGCUCUCAGAGGAGCUUCAGAACUAUGGGCUGCAAAAAGCCCAGCUUGGUUCUUCCACAGAGGCCCAUUUCUCUGAUCAAUCCAUCUCGAGCUCUCGAGCUUGCCUUCCCUUUGGCUGCCUCCAUCUCCAUUAUCCUGUGGUCAAAUCCAGCGCAUGCUGGUUUUUUGUCAGGCUCCUCCGGCUUGGAAUCGAUCCCUGGCCCUGAGCUGCCAAAGAUUGAUUUUCUCAGCAAAUGGAAUGAGAACAAUCAGAAAAAAUACGCUGAGCUUGACAAUAAGUUCAAAUCAUCUACUGUACUUAAGGAACUCCUGGAGAAAUCUAAACAGAAUAAGGAGAGGAAUCAAAAAGAGAUCCAAGAUAAAUAUUGCUUGCGAGGUGCAGAAUGGGGUGUUGGAGACUGCUCCGCGCAAGGAAUGACUCCAGAAGAACGAGAUGAAUUCAUUUCAAUGUUAAAGAAGAAGGCUGGAGAGUGAACAAAAAGAUGGGAGUUUCAAAGUUUGUUCCCUACAAAUGCACUUAUAUUUGCAAUAUUUCUCAUUGUCGUUGUAGAUGAAUCCCAUUUUAGUAUUAGAGCCUACAAAUGAUAGAAAUGAGAUGCUAGAUUUGGUGUGUAGACUGCAAUCAAGGUGUAUAACUUGGGAUAGAUCAAAUACACUUGUUUUUCUGUACAUUGUGUUCUUAUGCCUGUAUAAAUAUUAAGAGAUGAAGAGAA